UAAAGAUGGCGCAAUGUUACAUUGCUAAUCCUAACCUAAAAUGUAUAGCGAAUCGCUCGUAUUAUAAGUACGGUUUAUUAUUAUUCAUUCACGAUAGAUCGUACGAUAGAGAUGAUGUUUUGAAUCGCGAUAUCGAAGAAAAUUCUCGUCAUCAUGUUCUUAACGAACGCGCUAUUGAAAAAGACAAAAAGCAAGUACAUCUUAGUCCUCACAGAAAGUCUUAUAAGCGGUCAUCAGUUAGUGCGUAGUCGAGAGAGGCUGGCUGACAAACUAGAAUUUAUAAGGUUUGAUCCUUUAGUCCGACUCAAGGCGCUAUACAGAGAAAAGAAGAAAAUACGUAGUAUAAAAUAGUGUAUAUAAUAUUUUUUAUUAUAAAAUUUCUAUCAAUGGUGACAUACAAUGAAAAAUAUUCAUUGCGUAUCAGUAUAGUGUUACAUUCAGAGAAAUGCAAUCUGUAUUUGUUAUAAAAUACAAUGAUUAAAUUCUAAUGGCAUGAUAAUAUA